UAUCUUUGUCUGUAGUAGAGUUAAUCAUUUGCGGGAUUAGAACCAUUUAGGUAAGACUAUACCUAAUGUUAUAUUCAUAAAAAGAAGCUCUACGGUUUUAUCUUUCGUGUACUUUAAUAAAAAAAAUAUAUCAACACGACACCUAAAAUCACAAUGAUAAAAAUGGACGCUAAUAACCCUGGGUUUAUUUUUAUUAUUUCAGGCAUAUGUGUACUUCUUUAUGGUGCGGUCAGUGUGUGUUUGUAUACAUAUUCUGCGGACCAUGUACUCGCAAACUUGUUGUUCCAAGGAAAGGUUAUCUGUUGUUUUGGCUUUGUUCAGGCAUUUUUUGGAUGUCUCACAAUGCUUCGUGAUAACAUCGUAUUCAACAGAUUUAUGUCUUUUAUAGCAUUUGUCUUAUGGAAUGUGUGGAUUCUGUUGAACAUGAUGAGGAACACAUACCUUGCCUAUAAUUACGAAAUGGGGUGGAGUUGUCGAUUUGUGUUGUCUGUCAUGUUUGCAGUGCCAUGGGCACUAUCAGUUAAACGACAGCUCGAGUUACACCGACAACUGACACGUGAAGGCGACACGAGGCGAAGAAAUUAAGUAGACGAUAGAUUCACUCUACCUUAUUGUUGUGUACCUUUCUGAGGAAAUAACAAUCAUAUUCACAUACCUACGGAAACUCAAACUUUUUACGGUCAAAUGUUGAUGCCACGUGUUUUCAAUGACGAUUUCUAUAUAUGCAUACAUUUAGUCUUCUAAAAAAUCUGGUUUUGUUAAGAUUUAAAGAAAUAAUAUAACAAAAAUGCAUUGUAUUUACAUUAAUAUGCUAAUCUGAUGUAUUGUAUCCCGCUCGUUGAUUGGAUAAAGUUGUAUUCAAACUCGCCCUAAAAGUUCUAUGGAAUCCAACUUUUCACAAUCAACUUUACCGAUACAUACAGACAGCAUAUCUCAUUAAUAUUGUAAAUGUACAUAUAUCUUCAUCUUUGUUAAGAAUUAUAUAUGAACAUAUUUGUUAAGUUGAAAAAACUGCAAUUGUCCUCAGUGUUUUGGGUCAAGCGAGCUACCGGUGGUGACUGCAAAGCCAGG